UAUUUACUACAACAGUAGGUAAACAAUGCACCAUCGUAGGUUGUAAUACAUUUUAUAGUCACUGAAGACUGAAGAGUGAAGAAGACUGAAUCACGACCGCCACUGCUUAGUUUAGGUAGUACUAGUCGGGUAUGAAAUCAGAAAAUAAAUGCAUACCACCUAUACGGCUAUACCUACAUUCGUGGGUGAUUAGUAGGGUUCGGAUUUGAAUGCUAUAUAGUCAGUAAAAAAACCAUUUAAAAUGUGAAAAAAUGCAAAAAAAAGCAUUUAAAUUUUAUAUAAUUAAGCAAUUACUUUUUAAAUUUACUAAACAAUCAAAUAGAUUUCAGUUGAUUUAACUAGUUAGUAUUAAAAAAAAAAAUUAACUCCAUGUUCUUCUACCUACAAAAACGAUAUAUGAACUUGCCUUAAUAAAUACUUUAUCGAUAUCAAUGAUAUUAAAUCCCAUUAAAACUAAUUACAAACAUGGCAUCAACAAUGCGUCGUAUUCACAAGCUCUUAUCGAUUUAUUCUGUUUAUAUGUAUAGAAAAAUAUCUGCUCGAUUAAUAUAAAUGCAAAAAAGACAUUUAUGGGUAAAAAAGCAAAAAUUUCACCCAUUAUCUUAGAAAUUGAUGGAAACACAUACUUAUUUAAAAAUUAUUUUUUUAUUAUUACUUAUCCAAAAAAAAAAGACAUUUACCUUCAAAUCCAAACCCUAUUGAUUAGAUACUGAUUUGUGGUGUGUCAAUCGUGUGCAAUAUACUAGGAAUAUACUAACUACCUACUUAUUCUUUUAAGUACCUAUUUAAUUUAUGAAACCGUAAUUGGUAACAACCUUACAUUCACUAAAUUGUAAUAUAAUUUUGUUUAUAAUGUACAUUACCUACCUAUACAAAUCAUUUUUAUUUUAUUUAUCUCUUUUUUUUUAUUCAUAAUUAAGUCUAUGUAUGUAUAGUUAAAUAAAUUAUAUAUAACAUUUUUAUAUCAUUGAAACUUACAUGACAAAUAAGAUCUUAAUUGUCAUGGAAACUUAAAGAACGCUACAUACUCAAAUAUUAAGCCGCCUCUCAUACCUAACUAAUUUAAAUUUUAUCAUUUUAUCCAUCAUAAAUUACUUUAUUCCUUAUUAUAUAACUAAUGGGUAAUCUAACUAACAUAAUAUUAACUAUUUAAUAUAAUAGUUUUUUUCUUAAUACCGAUGAUUAUGCAUUUUAAUGUUAUAAUUUUUAAAUGUUAUGAGUUGCAAAUAUUAAAUUGGUUAUUCGAUAUUGAGUAAAAAUGUAUUUUUUAACAAAUACCGAUUGCAGUUUGACCAGUAUUUUAAAACAUUCAGUGGAAUAAUUUACAAUAAAUGUAUGAUGGUGGACAAGAAGAAACCCAAUCAGCAGAACCCUGAGCCCUGCAGAAACUACAAAAAUGAACUGAGUUUACUAUCUGAUGAGAAAGCGAAUGAAGUAGUGGGAAGAUCACUUAAAAUAUAUUAUGUUGUAGAAAGUUUAAGAAUCACUAAUACAUUUGAAUACAAAAUCAAUGAAUUUGUUGAAGCUCAUAUGUAUAUCAUAGAUCAAGAAGUUCAAUUGUUUUUAAAAAAACCCAAACCUAAUGAAGAUGAACUUACUGUAGAGUCCAUAUAUUCUGGAAUGGCUGGAAUUGCCUUGCUAUACAAUUUUUAUGCUAACAAAACACAAAACAAAAAUAAAACUAUCGAGGCUAAGCUGAUCAUCGAAAAAUGUAUAUCAAUAUUAGAUGAAAACUCUGAUAGUGUAACAUAUUUAACUGGGAAAUCAGGUAUAUUUGUAACAGCUACUGAAAUUUAUCGAGAUCUUGGUGAUAUUAAAAAUGCAAAAAAAAUGAUUGAAAAAGUUGUGGAUCUGUUGCCAUUAGCAUUGAAUCAAAAAAUGCCCGAUGUUUUACUUUAUGGACGAGCUGGAUAUCUAUACUCUUUACUAAUACUUAAAAAGCUUGGAUGGGAGGACCCAGACAGAGAUAGACUAAUACGCAAGGUUGUGACAUCGAUUUUUAACAACGGUAUACAGACAUGUGAUAGAGAUAAACCAAGAAGAACUUCUCUCAUGUACAAAUGUCACAACAAAAAAUACUUGGGGGCAGCUCAAGGUUUAUCGGGUGUUAUACAUUGCCUUCUUCUAGCAAAAAGUUAUCUAACAAAAAGUGAACUGGACGAUCUUAUUAAGCCAGCUCUUGACUACUUAUUGACACUGAGGUAUAAAUCUGGGAAUUUACCAGUUUCUCUGUGUAGUGAUCCUGAUCGUUUAGUUCAGUGGUGUCAUGGUGCUUCGGGUGUCACACACACUUAUGUACUAGCUUACAAAGUUUUUCUAGAUGAGAAGUACCUUAAUGCAGCAGUACAAUAUGCUGAUAUUGUAUGGAAACGUGGUUUAUUGACUAAAGGAUAUGGAUUGUGCCACGGCGUUAGUGGAAAUUCUUAUGCUUUUAUGUCAUUGUUCCAAUUAACUGGAAAAACUAAAUAUUUAUAUCGAGCUGCAAGGUUUGUUGACUGGUGCUUGACAACCAACCGUCAAAAUAGAAUACCUGACAACCCAUAUUCAAUGUUUGAAGGUGUUGCUGGUGUUACAUAUGCUCUAAUGGAUGUGCAAGAUCCCAUAGCAGCCAAUAUACCAGGAUUCUAAUUUUUCAAUCAUUGCAGAUUACCCAUAUUUUUACGAAACAAUGUUCUGGUCCAUACAAGCUGCCCAAGCAAAUGGUAUCUUAUAAAACAAUUUUAUUUAUAUACGUUUUAAUAUUAUUUAGAUACUAUUCAUUAUAAAAUACUACAAGUCACUCAACGACAUAUUUAAAACUGAUAGUUUUAUAUUUUUAAAUUUUUAUUCUUCAUGUCUUAGUAGUGUUUUUACUCAUGCAAACAUUUAAGUUAUUUAUAGUCUAUGGUGUAUGGUGUAUCGAUGUCCUCUUAAUAAUACUUAAUUAAUAAUAUUAAUGGUUCAUUAAUAAUCAUAACAUUUUUAUUAAGACUGGUCACAUACUGUAGUUAAAUACUAGUAUGUAGGAUUAAAUGUACCAACAACUUCUAACUCUUUAACUUACUUUAAUAAUUCUUAAAUUUAAAUUAAAUUAUAAAACUUUUAUAAUAUAGUUUAUUUCCCAGCUAUCUAAAAUUAAAUUAGUUUAAACAAUGUACUAACGUUUCCAGCUUUGCCUUACCAUAAUACGUGAAUUGUGUGAAUGUAUGCAUUAAUGUGAUACAUUGAUUAUUGAGACUUGAAUAUGUAUAACAAUUAGGGUUAGGAUGUUUAUGCAUUAAAAAAUGAAUAAAUAUGUACACACUUAUUGACAAAAAAAAUUCUAAAUAUUCCAUGAAAAAAUUGAAAAAUAUUCAUUUAUUACUUUUAUAUUUUAAUUAUAUAAUGAAAAUUAAAGAAGGCUUUUUAAAAAAUAUAUAUAAUUAUUAUUUAUAAUUAUAAAUACUUAUAAAUGUCUUAAUUAAAAGAGUUGCAUUGAACAACAGUAGUCUGUUUUAAAUGUUUGAUUGUGUAGUGUGUAUGUGCAUGUAUAUCUCUGAAUAUCAUUGUAGUAUUUCUGACAAUGAGUCAGUAGCGUCAUUUCAGUUUUAGGGGGGGGGUGGGGGGUGGGGGGUCAAAAUUGCUGAUAAAACCAUUAUUAAAUAUAUUAAAUAAAAUCGGUCGCUAACAAUUACAUUACAUUUGCAUUUUUAUCUCAAUACAAAUAACCUUCUUACAUAAUUUUUAUACUUACUAGUUACUAUUACGGUUAUCUGGUUACUAUCAUAGGUAUAAAUAACCUAUUUUUGUUGAGAUAUAACAAUGACUAAAUAAUUAAUACAAUAUAAUAUGUAGAGGGAUACCUAAAUAUAUUACCUAUUAGCUACUAUAUGAAUGCCCAAAACAAGCCCACUACCCUGGCCCUCUAAUGACAAGGGAGGCAAAUUCCCACUCUGCCCCCCACCAAAUGACGCAGCUGCAAUGAGUAAAUGAUAACUUUUAUAUGAUCUAUAUAAAAUAUAGAUAUUAAAAACUCAGAUACAGUUUAAAGUUAAUUAAAUUUUUUUUUUUGAUAUUUUGUAUUGAAAACCAAAAAAAAUCCAAAAUAUUAUGCACUCAUAUGCUAAAUUUAGGAUAACAUGCAAAUAUAAGUAAAAUAAAAUGUUGGUAUUUGAAUCUAGACUAUCAUAAAACAAAUUUCUAUCAAUAAAACGUGCAUAGAACAGCCUAAAAUAAAACAUACAAUAUCAUAAACACUCUAACCCUAAUGGUAUUAAUAAUUUUAUUUUACUUAUUUUACUUUACUUUAUUAUUUUUAUAUUACAUUAUAACAAAUAUAAUAUAUAUUUUAAAAUUGUUAAGAAUUAUAGCUAUAAUAUAUGAAUACGCAAUACACAUUUAUUAUUAUUAUUUAUUUUUUUAAUUAAUUGACAGACUUGUAUAAAAGUAGUACAACUAUUAUUUAUAACCUUGACUGAAGUAUAAUAGUGAACUACAAUAGUUUCCUAUUCAAACUCCUUUGUUAAAACAAUUAACUUUUAUGAUUUAUCCAAUAGGUAUAAUUGUUAAAUUAACUAUUCCUAUUAUUUUAAUGUGUCGAAAUUAUAUAAUAACACAUAGAACAAAACUUAAUAGUGCCAUAAUAUUAUAUAUAUUUUUUAGUUUAUUUAAUUGUACUUAUAAAAUGAAAGUCACAUUUUUUUAACGUUUUGAUUUUAAUAGAAUAAUGUUCAUGUCAUAAAUUAUAAUUUAUUAGCAUACAUUUAAGUUUAUUUCGUUGUUAAUAAAAUCUAAUCAAUAGUAAAAAGAAUUUUAAUGUAUUCUUAGACCAUUAUGAUAGUGAAGGAAGCUUAUGAAUUAUUUACUUUAUUAUUGCUUGUAUUUUGAGGUUGUUGGUAAUGGACCAAUUCAGUAGACAAGUCAUUAAAAUAUAUAAAAAGAGUAUUUAGUUUUGUUAGAAUUCAGUUUUUCAAAUAAAGAUUGAAGAAUAACUUAAAGUAUACUUAAUUUUGUUCUGUUUGCAUUUAGUUCUACGCUUUUGAUUGAGUUGUUUUUUAAAUUGUAUUUUAUUUUUGACUUUUAAACUAUAAUUUAUGUAUAAUACAAAAUUUAUCUAUUUGUUUUAUUUUUUUAACUGUCUAAAUUAACUAACAUUGUUGUACAUUUUGAAAGAUUUACAUAAAAAGUAUAAUAUUACUAACCGUGUUAAUAUAAUAAUAUACAUUUUUAUUAAUAUGAACUUAUGGUUUAAAAAGAAAACUAAAAUUAAUUUAAUUUUUCAAUUCAGUUCAAUUUAUAUUUUGAAACUAUUUAUUAUCUAGUGUGGGUGCUCUGUACUAAUCAUAAACAAUAUGUUCUGUGUUUUUCCUAUACCCUGCCAUAGGUUCCCUAGUGCCAAUAUUGUUCAAAAGAGAUAGCAAAUACCUGACACCUGUCCAUAUUAUGGUGGUUCCAAUGAUGUAUGGCAGCAGUUCUUAACAUGUAGUUAUUGGCGCUUUUGAGAGGGGGAGGGUUAUCUUUACCAACAUCUUUCUGGUCAUACAAACAUACACAAUAUACGCAGAUAAUAACUCUAACUAUUAUUUUUAUUAAAUUAUUAUAGAUAUUUUUGGAUUGUUUGUAAUGAAAAAAGAAACUUUUGUGUAAAAACAUUUCCAAAUGUUAUAAAAAAUGGAAUUAUUGAAUAUACAUUUUUACUUUCAUCAAUUCGAGAGUCUGUGGCUUCAAAGAUUAUUUUUACAGGGGUCAUAAAAGGUUAAGAAACACUGAUCUUUUCCAAAAAUUUUGUUAAGUAUCUUUGUUAAACUUUUCUAUCUUGCUCACUGUUAGUAACUAAUAAGUAUUGAUGUAUCAAGUUGUAUGCUAUAUUUUUUGAACAAUUUCCUCCCCCAAAUUGCUCUCUAAACAGUCAACACUCAAUCCAUAUCUUUAUAUUAGGUCUAUGGUAUUUUAAACCAUUGAGUUAAAGCUUGAUGAAAAAAAAAUAAUAAGGGUAUUAGAUACUAUAAAACAAUAAAGAAGUUCCAUACAACUAUAUAAGCAAUAUUUUUGUAUCUAAGUGUUUGUAUGCAUUUUAUGCAAAUAAUGUACAUAUUUAUAAUGUUUAAAAUUAAUUUAUUGUAUAAUUUUAUUUUGUUUUUGUGUUUCACUAUUUUAUAUCUAUUUAAUUCUAGACAUCUUAGACUUAUUUAUUUUAUUGUAUCAUUUAUUUUUGGAACUGUGUUAAUUACUUAACAUUUAUUUAUUUUAAGAACAAGCAUUUUUCAUAAUUUUUGUAACUUAAUAUAAUAUGCUUAAUUAAUACAGAAGUCAUAUUUUUUGCUUUAUUUAAUAUUUUAAUCAUAAAUUAACUAAUUGCUUAAAAUAUAAUAAAAGAAAAUGUGAUAUUGAAUAUACUAAUGUUUGUUACUAUUUAUUUUAAUAUUAAAAAAAAAUAUGUUCAAAAAUUACCUAAGCCAGCCUAAAAACAAUUGUAUUAUUGUGUAAAAUAAUAUUGU